CUCUGGCUCUAGCCCUCUUUCUCACGCACGCACGCACGCACGCACGCACCCACCACCCUCCCUCUGUCUCUGUGCAGCAUGAGUAAUAAAUGGCAGUGGCAGCGUGGCUGAGGCCUGAGGCGGAGCUCUUCCCUCCCUACUGGUCCACACCCGCUCCGCCCCGCCCCUUGCUCUUCUUCUUCUUCUUCUUCUUCUUCCUCGUUCUCCCCUUCCUCCCUCUUUGCUGCUCGCAUUCGCCAUUUCCCAGCCGCCCACAAUGCACUAAACCCUCGUAAAACCUCCCACCCCAUCCCACCAAACAACGGGCUUCGGGGGAUACCCCUGGGGGGCGGCGAGCCAAUUUCUUCUUGAUCUUCUGUCGAUUUGGCUUCUACUGUCGCUGAACAAGUCCCUUGGGGAAGAAGAUCCACACCCACCCCUGGUUCCUCUUAGUUUUUCCACCACCUAUAAAUCCCCCAGUUGGGGAUUAUUUCUUUGAUCCUUUCCGUUCGCCCCCAAGUUGGGGAAAUUUUUCGAUCCAUUUGAUCGUUUGAAGUGAAACAGGAGGAGGGGAGGGGAGGGGAGAGGUUCCCUCUGAUGAGCAGCAGCACCGCCGCCGCCGCCUGUCGAUGACUGAGCGCUGCCACCGAUGCUUUCGGGGUGCUCGGUGUCCAGUCUCGCGGCGAGGUUCGCCUUCUUCCCGCCGGACCCGCCCACCUACGCCCUCCGCAAGGACGAGGCCACGGGCCGCCUCGUCGCCUCGGGCGUCCCGCGGGACAACGCCUUGGAUGUGCUGCUCCUCGACACCACCAGGGGGACCAAGGUCGUCGCCUUCUACCUCAGGAACCCCUGCGCGCGCCUCACCCUGCUCUACUCCCACGGCAACGCCGCCGACCUCGGACAGCUCUACGAUCUCUUUGUGCAGCUCAAGGUCAAUCUCAAGGUCAAUCUGAUGGGAUAUGACUACUCGGGGUACGGAGCAUCUACUGGCAAGCCAAGUGAAGAGAAUACAUAUGCAGAUAUUGAAGCAGUUUACCAGUGCUUAGAAACCGAGUAUGGAAUCAGCCAGGAAGAGCUUAUCCUGUAUGGACAAUCUGUUGGCAGUGGGCCCACAUUGCAUUUAGCAUCUCGUUUACCAAGAUUGCGUGGUGUGGUUCUUCACAGUGCUAUACUGUCAGGCCUCCGUGUUGUUUGCCAUGUGAACUUUACUUUUUGCUUCGACAUUUACAAAAAUGUCAAAAAAAUAAAGAAGGUGAAAUGCCCAGUGCUUGUUAUUCAUGGGACCGAUGACGAUGUUGUGAAUUGGUCACAUGGUAAUGAGCUGUGGAAACUGGCAAGGGAGCCGUAUGAUCCACUAUGGAUCAAAGGAGGCGGUCAUUGCAACCUGGAGCUGUACCCUGACUUCAUCCGCCACCUCUCCAAGUUCAUCCGUGAAAUGGAGAGUGUGACAACGAAAACGAGGCUGAAGAAGAUUCGGCAGUCCCUUGAGCCGACAAAGACAGCAUAUCGAGUGAACACAGCAACGACCACCACCUUCACCGCCAACUGUUGCUGCCGUAUUCGAGUUCGCAAACCGAGCUGCAAUCUCAGCUGCAGCUGCUGCCACGCCCUGAGGAAAUGCUUCACAUUUGGUGCAUUCAAGUGCCCAGCCUGCUGCAGCUGCUUCAAGUGCUGCUGCUGUGGCGGAUAACGCCGAUCUCUAUGUGCGUGCACGUGUGCGUGUGCGUGUGCUUGUAUAGGAAAAGGAACGGUCCGGGAGAUAUCUUCUAACCCUCUGAAUGCUCUACCACUAGGACUAAACGUAGAUUUGUCAGUUGGAAAAACAUGUGUCCCCCAUUCUCCCAUGUAGUUGCUCGACCGGUUUGUGUAAUGAUGGCAUAAGCUGUUGGCUGUCGAGCUUAGAACAGUCGUGAUGCUGUGGAUUGAUUUGGCCAUAUUUCAGCUCUUGUGGUAUGUUUCC